UUUGUCAUCAUUUUACAGCAUUUAAUUCUGUUUAUUUUGCGUGUAUCUCUACGUAAUUAUUGUGAAUUUGCUAUUCCGUGUCGAAAUUUCGUGGUGAACUACGUCAAAGUCGUAAUUUAACAGGAAAAUGAGCAGCUCGGAGGAGGUAUCAUGGAUUUCAUGGUUUUGCGGGCUGCGGGGGAACGAGUUCUUUUGCGAGGUGGAUGAGGAUUACAUAAAUGAUAAAUUCAACUUGACUGGACUAAAUGAGCAGGUGCCACACUACAGACAAGCAUUGGACAUGAUACUGGACCUAGAGCCUGAUGAUGACCUAGAUGACAACCCAAACCAGUCCGACCUGGUGGAGCAGGCCUCCGAGAUCCUUUAUGGACUGAUUCAUGCUCGUUACAUUUUAACGAAUAGAGGCAUUGGACAAAUGUUAGAGAAAUUCCAGUCGGGCGAUUUUGGUCACUGCCCACGUGUUUAUUGUGAAUGUCAAUCUAUGCUUCCACUCGGGCUGUCGGACGUGCCGGGCGAGGCGAUGGUGAAGCUGUACUGUCCGCGCUGCAUGGACGUGUACACGCCCAAGUCGUCGCGACACCACCACACGGACGGCGCGUACUUCGGCACGGGCUUCCCGCACAUGGUGUUCAUGGUGCACCCCGAGUACAGACCCAAGCGGCCCGCCUCGCAGUUCGUGCCCAGGUUGUACGGUUUCAAGAUCCACCCGCUCGCAUACCAGAUCCAACAGCAGGCGGCGGCUAACUUCAAGGCGCCGCUGCGGAGUCUCUCGUAUAACAACGAAACGAAGACUUCCAGUAACAUUCCAAAAUGAUAAUUUAGCCAUCGUGUGCGCUGCUCGCAGGGCACGGCCACAGGGCAUAGCACCCUGCUGCGGACUGAGCAAGCGACCUGCGCCGCCGCUCCACUUGUACAAGCUAUCUAUCUUCUACGAUUAACUUACAUAAUUAUAAUAUUUAUUUAAACCAUUAAUUUUACUUCCCAUAUAACGAUACAGUUAUGUUUUUAAAUUCAAUAAAGUUUAUUUUUACGUUUUCUGUAUAA